CACUGGUCCGGUGUCUGUGUGCAAAAAAUAAACAUACUAGAUUGCCUACAUGCUUAUAUGAACCCGAAAGAAGAAAAUAUAACUGAACACAUAUAUACAAAACAGGCGUUAUAGAAAUAUAGUCUUACUCUUACAAUCAACACGUAUAAGCUCAAACGGACUUCAAGAUAUUGCAUUUUGCAAUCUUAAACUUUUUCCCCCUAAUAACUUUGUUUGUGCUCUUGAUCGCUUCAACCACAAGAGAGGCUCUUCGCUGGCUCUCUGCACAGCUCACAUGUCUUGGGCUCGGUCGCUGCGUUCACAGCUGCAGCUGAAGGACGUGACGUUUGUCGUAAUAAUUUUUAUGCUCUCUUAAUGACUUCUAAUUCGAUUUUAUGCGGCAGAGGGAGUCUUAUUUUGCUCUUGGACACAAACCGCGGAGUCUUGUCGGAUAUUCAGAAGCGAAUGAAAGUGGCCGUGCAUUUUUUUGACACUCUGACUGACGCAAACACAGGCUUGCCGAGCGUCGGAGCUGGUGCACCAACUCGCCACGGAACGUAAGAGCGCGCGGAGGACAGACCUUCCAAGGAUGACUCUAGGCACGGAUAUGUCCGACAAUUCUGCCUUGUCUGAGGACGUGGACAUUGAUGUGGUCGGGGGAGACAUCGCCGUGGGAAAGGACGGGAAAUACCUGCAUCACCACCACGACUUCCACUUGGACAAUGACUCGGACGACAACCUGUCCCAGAACGCAGGUGAGAACGCCUCCUCUCCGGGUCUGAGCAGCUCCGAGUGUCCGACUGACCAACUCGGGCUGGGAGGAGAAGCCGGAGGAGGAUCAAUGGGAGCGGAGAAAUCCGGGAAAAAUGCACUGGUGAAACCCCCUUAUUCCUACAUCGCCUUAAUCACCAUGGCCAUUCUGCAGAGCCCCAAGAAACGCCUGACGCUUAGCGAGAUCUGCGAGUUUAUCAGCAACAGGUUUCCCUACUACAGGGAAAAGUUCCCCGCCUGGCAAAACUCCAUCCGGCACAACCUGUCCCUCAAUGACUGCUUUGUCAAAAUCCCCCGGGAGCCUGGCAACCCAGGAAAAGGCAACUACUGGACCCUAGAUCCGGAGUCAGCCGACAUGUUCGACAACGGGAGUUUUCUGCGCAGGAGGAAGCGUUUCAAAAGGCACCAGUCGAACGAGAUCCUUAGGGACCCCGGCGGAUUCUUGCCGGGGUUUGCUUACGGUCCCUACGGCUACAAUUAUGGUAUUCAGUUGCAGAAUUUCCAUUCUCAUCAUCCAUAUCCCCCGCACCAUCCUGGAAGCGCUUUCCCUUUUCAGAACCCUCAGUGCGCUCUCCCAUCCGCGGCGUCUAUAUUCCCCGCACCGCACUCUCUCCCCUCGCUCCUCGGGGCCGACUUGAGAAAGCCUUUUUACCCGCAGCUCAGUCCGACUCUGCCCGGCCUGGCGCCUCUUAAAGCGGACGCCAACACGCAAAGUCGGCCCUCCUUCUCCAUAGACAAUAUAAUCGGCGGAGCCACCUCUCCGGCCUCCCCGUUCUCGGCGCAGCCGAGCAACCAGGCGCAGAUCUUGGCAAUGCUCACCCCGGCACUCGCCUCAGCGACUAACCACUUGAAUCUGUCGCAGGAAGCCCUGCUGCAAUCGACGGGGCCACAGACCUUCUCCAGCAAAACUACAAACCUAAGCGGUUGUCACUUCUAAUCAGACAACAAAUAAAAAAAGCAGAGAUAUCUCGAAUAAGGUUUUUUCGACCUAAUGCGAAGGUAGGAUAAACAUUCUUUGCGACGCUAAAAAGCAUUUAUUCUUCCUCUGGUGUUUUCCUUGACGUGUUCAAGGAAAAGAGAGAAAACUUCCGUAAAAAUAUAUUUAUGACCUGUAAAUAUGUAUAGUGCAAAGGGGAGAAGCAUAUUAAAGUCACGUACAAGGAAAAAAACUUUUAAAUUAAGUAGCUAUGGGGUACAGGACAUGGACUCGGGCCUGUCUUUGGGCUGUUUCCUGAGACCCGAGACCAGAGGACAGACUGGCUAUUUUGUAAAGAAAAUGUAGUCUAAAAGGUUCAGCAUCUCGCUCAUUAGGAAUUAUUUUUGACGGUUGACAAUUAUUGAGAUUACUAAUAUUAUUAUUAUCGUUUUAUAUAUUUUUGUUGAGUUUGUGAAAAAAGCACUGUUCCAGACCGAGGCCCAAAAACUCAGGUUUUUAAUUGUUUUUAAAGCACAUUGCCGGGGGCGGCGGGGGUUGUACAGACUAUAACAUUUCCCACUAUCACCCCCUUUCUCUUUACAGCGAUGUUUUGGUGAAUUUGUAAUUAUUAUUAUUAUUUUAUGUGGUCAAUAGACAAGUACGUGGUUUUGGUGUAAAGCGCAUUACCUCUCAUUCUGUUCAACUGUUGUGCAUACGUUCUUAUCUAUUUCAUUGGAAAUAAUCUGUGAAAAGAAACUGUUGUUAUAUGUAAAGAAAGACAGACAAAAACGCUUAAAAUGUCCAUAGGUCAUUUUUGUUGUAAAGUCAAGAAAAAAAUAAAUGUUUGUGAAUUUUA